AUGGCCCAGGGGAAUAAUUAUGGACAGACCAGCAAUGGGGUGGCAGAUGAAUCACCCAACAUGCUGGUGUACAGAAAGAUGGAAGACGUCAUAGCACGCAUGCAAGAUGAAAAAAAUGGAAUUCCUAUUCGUACUGUCAAAAGUUUCCUCUCCAAGAUACCUAGUGUCUUCUCUGGGUCAGAUAUCGUUCAAUGGUUAAUAAAGAACUUAACCAUAGAAGAUCCAGUGGAGGCACUCCAUUUGGGAACGCUAAUGGCUGCCCACGGCUACUUCUUUCCAAUCUCGGAUCAUGUCCUCACACUCAAGGAUGAUGGCACCUUUUACCGGUUCCAAACACCCUAUUUUUGGCCAUCAAAUUGUUGGGAGCCGGAAAACACAGACUAUGCGGUUUACCUCUGCAAAAGAACAAUGCAAAACAAAGCAAGGCUGGAGCUGGCCGACUAUGAAGCUGAGAGCUUGGCCAGGCUACAGAGAGCUUUUGCCCGGAAGUGGGAGUUCAUUUUUAUGCAAGCAGAAGCACAAGCAAAAGUGGACAAGAAGAGAGACAAGAUUGAGAGGAAGAUCCUUGAUAGUCAAGAGAGAGCGUUCUGGGAUGUACACAGACCUGUGCCUGGAUGUGUAAAUACCACUGAAGUGGACAUUAAGAAGUCAUCCAGAAUGAGAAAUCCACACAAAACACGAAAGUCUGUCUAUGGUCUACAAAAUGAUAUUAGAAGUCACAGUCCUACCCACACACCCACACCAGAAACUAAACCUCCAACAGAAGAUGAGUUACAACAACAGAUAAAGUAUUGGCAAAUACAGUUAGAUAGACAUCGGUUAAAAAUGUCAAAAGUUGCUGAUAGUCUGCUAAGUUACACAGAACAGUAUGUAGAAUAUGACCCGUUUCUUGUGCCACCUGACCCUUCUAACCCAUGGUUGUCUGAUGAUACUACCUUCUGGGAACUUGAAGCAAGCAAAGAACCAAGUCAGCAGAGGGUAAAACGAUGGGGUUUUGGCAUGGAUGAAGCAUUGAAAGACCCAGUCGGGAGAGAACAAUUCCUUAAAUUUCUAGAGUCAGAAUUCAGCUCAGAAAACUUAAGAUUCUGGCUAGCAGUGGAGGACCUGAAGAAAAGGCCUAUUAGAGAAGUUCCCUCUCGAGUUCAGGAAAUAUGGCAAGAAUUUCUGGCUCCAGGAGCCCCCAGUGCUAUUAACUUGGAUUCUAAGAGCUAUGACAAAACUACACAGAAUGUGAAAGAGCCCGGACGAUACACUUUCGAAGAUGCUCAGGAGCACAUUUACAAACUGAUGAAAAGUGAUUCAUACCCACGUUUUAUAAGAUCCAGUGCCUAUCAGGAACUUCUACAGGCAAAGAAAAAGUCCAACCCACACAUGGACCGCAGAACAUGUUUUGAAAACUUUGCACAGAAUGUGGGCAGAAACAUCCCUAUUUUCCCAUGCCAUAAAAACUGUACACCAACACUGAGGGCCAGCACUAACCUGUUAUGA